AUGAAUAAUAAUGAAACUAACGCAUCAUCAACCAACCAAUUCGGUUCUGUUUUGAAUGCUCUUCAUGGACUUACAACUGACAAAUUCAAUUUUGGACAAUCAAAUACUCAAACAACAACAACUUCGGAAUCAGUUCCAAUGGUAGUCGUACCCAUUGAUGAUGUCGAUGUUACAAAAACAAUUGCCGAUUUUAAUACAACGAAUACUUCAACAACAAUUCCUAUCAAUACUGGAUCUGAACGAUAUGAUUAUUCACCAAUACAACCAUAUUGGUUUUAUGCGAAAAAAAGUCAAGGUCAUGUUACAUGGAUACCAUUUUCAUUAACUGAUGUACGACGACUAGAUGAAGCUUAUGCUCAGAAUCAAGUAACAAUUGCUACAAAUGGUAAUUGUUAUGAUGUUAAUCUUGUUGAACGUAUUCGUACACCUGCCUAUUGGACUGAUGAACCAAAUGAAAUACGACGUUCAAAAUGGUUUUAUUUACCUGAACGUGAUAGUCGAUUUAUUCCAUAUGAUGAACAAAUGAAUGAAAUACUUGAGAAUCUUUAUAAAGAAACAUGUCAUCAACAAUCUUGGCAUACAAAACAUGAAAUGAAAAAUGGAAAAGAAAUUCUUAUUUUUCAUAGUCCUAUCUUAAUGACAAUACAAUCUACUGAUAGUGAAAUAACUCAAUGGCCGAAUUUUUCUUAUGAAACACGAACAUUAAAACGUGGUUUACCUGAAAUGUUUUUCGAUGAAGUCCGAUUUGGUGAUAAAGAUCCUAUUCAACAUUUAUGUUUUGUUGUACAUGGUAUUGGUGAAGCAUGUGAUGUUAAAUUUCGAUCAUUAGUUGAAUGUGUUGAAGAUUUUCGUGAAACAAGUCGUACAAUUUUACAAAGUCAUUAUAAAUCUUAUGUAGAAAAUGGUGAAAUUCAUCGUGUAGAAUUUUUACCAGUUCAUUGGCAUGGUGAUCUUCACAUGGAUGCUUCUGGUAUUGAUAAUCAUUUAUUAACAUUAACAUUACCAAGUGUAAUAAAAUUUCGAACAUUUAUUAAUACAACUUUGUCGGAUAUAUUAUUUUAUACAAGUCCUGUUUAUUGUCAAAAAAUAAUCUCACGUUGUAUAAAUGAAAUGAAUCGUUUGUAUAAUAUAUUUUUACAACGUAAUCCAUCAUUUAAUGGACAAGUAUCUGUGAUUGGACAUAGUCUUGGAUCAGUUAUACUUUAUGAUAUUUUAGCUAAUCAAACGGCUGUAAAUGAAGAUGAAGUUUUAAGCAAUAAUCAAGCAGAAAAUAGAACAAAUUUAUGUGUAUCGGGUACGGGUCAAGUAUCGAUUCAAUAUGAAAAACUUAAAUUUCCGGUUGCAUAUUUUUUUGCAUUAGGUUCACCUAUUGCAAUAUUUUUAACUGCACGAGGUAUAACAUCAUUAGCAUCUGAUUAUACAUUUCCAACAUGUAAAGGUUUAUUAAAUAUAUUUCAUCCUUAUGAUCCAGUAGCAUAUAGACUUGAACCAUUAAUUGAUCCUAAAUGGACUGUAUCACCAGUACUAUUACCACAUCAUAAAGGAAGAAAAAGAAUUCAUCUUGAAUUAAUUGAUGGACUUUCAAAAGCAACAGAUUUAAAACAAAAAAUGCUUGAUUCAUUUAAAAAUACAAUGAUAUCAAUUACUGAUUUUGUUACAUCUUAUACAAGUCCUAUGCAAGUAACUGCAACAACAACACCGUUGACAGACACACAAGCAACAACUGUACCUACAUCUACGGAAACGGAUCUCGAAAUUGAACAUGCUAAUGAUGAUGAAGAAACUCAUAUUUAUGAAUGGGAUAAUCGUCCGAUUGGAAAAUUAAAUCAAGGUCGACGUAUUGAUUACGUUCUUCAACAUCGUCCAAUUGAAGUUCUUAAUGAUUAUUUAUUUGCUUUUGCAAGUCAUGUUUCAUAUUGGGAUUCCGAAGAUACAAUGUUAUUAAUAAUGAAAGAAGUACUUAAAUUAGAUAAUUUUGAACCCGAACCACAAUAUGAAACUAUUGAACAAAUGAUUAAAUCAAAUGUAUUAAAUUAUUUUGUAAAAAAUCAAACAACAAAAGUGAAUGAAUUACUUCCAUAUUUAGCUAAAUCUGAACAACGUUCAAGAUUAGUAACAGAUUCAACCAAUGUCCUACCAAGAAUGACAUAA